GCUCGUCCCAGCAGAGCCAUCGCCCCCCCUCCAUCCUUUCCCCUCAGCCUCUGAUUGGCUGAGCUCCCCGCUCCCCCUCCCCCACCCUCGGUGAAAACUGCGGGCUGCGGGCUGCAGCUGCAACCGGAGGCGUCGGUGCGUCGGGACGAGGCUGCGGCGGCGGCCGGGAGCCCAGAAUCCAGGACGAAGCUCUUGGCAUCAUGAACCCAGCCAUCGGCAUCGCCGUCCUGCUGGCAGUCUUGCAGGUGUCCUGGGGACAGAAGGUGACCAGCCUGACGGCCUGCCUGGUGGAUCAGAGCCUUCGCCUGGACUGCCGUCAUGAGAACAGCACCACCGUGCCCAUCCAGCAUGAGUUCAGCCUGACCCGGGAGAAAAAGAAGCAUGUUCUACAGAGUACUAUGGGGGUACCCGAGUACUCAUACCGUCCCCGGACCAGCCUCAUCAACAAGCACAACAUCAAGGUCCUCUACUUAGCCAACUUCACCACCAAGGAUGAGGGCAUCUACACAUGUGAACUCCGCGUCUCUGGUCAGCCUCAGAUGGUCUCCAAUCAGAAUGUUUCUGUGCUCAGAGACAAGCUGAUCAAGUGUGAGGGCGUAAGCCUGCUGCCUCAGAAUACCUCGUGGCUGCUGCUCCUGCUUUCGCUCUCCCUCCUCCAAGCCACUGAUUUCAUUCCCCUGUGACCGGUGGGGCCCGUGGAGAAUACAGGAAGCCUCAAGGCCCAGUGCAGAGAUCUUGCUGCUCUUAAUCAGCUGACUCCCUCUCCCAAGCCCCUCAUGUACCUUGACCUCGGAGAGAAACGGAGACCCCUUCCCUCAUGAGGAAUCCAAUGCUGCAUGCCGUCACCCACGCGUGCCCCUCCCCCACUGCCAAUUUGCCCCUUCUGCGCACCACUGGCUGGCGUUUUGUAUUCUUUGUUCCAGAGCUGCUUCUCUUUUUUUUUUAUUUUAGAGUUUGUCCUUCCUUUUCUCUGGGAAUUUGUAACAAGGGAAGCCAGGGUUGGGGACCUACCUGAUGGAGACUAAGGACAUAUGAUAGGUAGUGGGGUGGCAAGAUUGAAGUCCCUGGGAGAUAUUUCUGAAAGAGAUCUAGACAAUGGGCUAGGAUACACCUGAGGCUGGCCCAAGCAUACUCUUGCAGAAACCUUUGCCCAGCCAGCAGAGAAGAUGCCUCAAGACCUCAGGGAUCAGGGAACUACCAAACAUUUGUGGCCAGUCCCAUGAGGGUGAGAAAUGAGAUUCUGCAAGAGCAUUCUCAAUCAUAUCAACAAAAAAAGUCCUUUCCUGCCAUUGCAGGAAUCCCCUUGGACUGGGGUACAAUUCAGUGAAGAUGCAGGUUCAUCUGGGGAGCAGCAGCUGAUGGACUACAGGAAAAGAGAGUAGGAGGUGAGAAGCCGUUGCCUAUCACCUAAAAUGUGAGCCUUAAGGCUGGGAGAUGGCUCAGUAGUUUAAAGGCACUUGCUUGCAAAUCUUGCUGGCCCUGGUUCAAUUCCCCAGCCACCCGCAUAAGGACAGGUAUUCACUUGCAGCAGCAAGAGAUCUUGAAGCAAGCAAGCGCACGCGCAUACACACACACACACACACACACACACACACAAUUUUUAAAAUGUGAGCCUGCCUGAGCUGAGAAGAUGGCACAGGGGUGUAAGCCCCUCCCUCCCUGGCUGUCCCAAGAGCUUCCAAAACUCCGCAAGCUCUAACUUAGGGCAGGGGGUGGGGGAUCUUGGAAUCAUCCAGCUGGACCCUUAUUGCUUCCUAAGGGAGGUUCUUCCUUCCCUGGUCCCUCUGGCUGUCCCUGAGACCCAGGCAGCCCACACCUUAUAGCCAUGGCCUGGUCUGGGUCAUCCACUUGUUAGGUGACAGCCUUCCAGCCCCCACCUCCCCACCUGGCUCUGCCUGUCCUGUGAUCAUGUGUAGUGCCACCACAGCUUAUAGCAUUUCAUUGAGGAAAAAGAAAACUGCGCAAUAAAACCAAGCCUCCGGAGUGUA